AUGCCAGGGGGGGGGGGUACCCCUUCCCUGAUGGUGAGGACAGGGUGGAGGCCAACUCUGUGGCGGUCAGCUGCUGUGGCCAAGGAGGGGCCUGACGGGAUUGACCUUGAUAUCUGCAAGGUGAUGUGGCCAAAGCUUGGCACACACAGGAAGCUCCAGCAGAUUGCAGCUGAUGAAAGGUCCAAUCAGGGACUGAUGGAACUUGUCCCUGUCAGCAAGUACUACUGUCACUGGAAGGGCUUCACAAUAAACCACAUCUCGACAAAACUUCUUGGUCAUACAUGUGCGUAUCUGUGGACAUAUGUCCAAGCACAAAAUGAAUGUCUGGGGCUUCUCAUGACGGAGUCUGAUGUGGAUGAUAACUUCGAUUAUGAGCGAUUCGAGGCACUCCUGAAGGAACUGGAUGGGAAGUUGACACACAAAUCAUGCAAGGCGAAAACCGAAGAGCUUGAUGAACUGGCACUGCAUUUUGUCAAGAUGUUCAUUGAUAAAUUCUGGAAAGGUGUGGAGGAUGCCAAGGUGGUGGCUGGGGUGGCGAUGAUUGUCAAGAAAGGGCCGAAGAAGACACAGCGGACUUAUGGAGAUGACGUUUUCCAGUUCUCACAUCGGGAUCACUCAUCACGAUAUAUUGACUAUCGAACAGCACUAUGGAGUGCAGUUGAAAAGGUCCUUGAGCAAAACCGAAACAUCCUCCCUGAGUGGCAUAUGAUUCUGAUCACAAAUGGUCUCCUAUCAAAGUUUGAUGACAUUUCAACAGAAUAUGAACAGUUUUUCAAGGAGUCAUCCACCAAAAUGUUUGCGAACAUCCUGGCGGAGCUGGCCAUACAUCUGUCAUCCACUGAAAUGUUCGUGAACAUUAUGGUGGAGCUGGCCAUAUGUCUGUCAUCCACCAAAAUGUUCGCGAACAUCUGGAUCCAUGCUUGGAUUGACCCUGUCAAUGCCUACAUGAUGGACAUCACCCAACUUAACUACUUUGAUGCAUCCUAUGCACUGUUUGAUGCAAUUCUUCAAGAUCCUUUGCUUGCUGUGGAGCCAGGGACUGAAGUGGAGCACUGGAAAAUUGAAUGGGAUCAUUGUGGAUUCAAGCCCAUCCCCUCACGCACCAAUUCUUCUUCGCCACUACCUGGUGGGUUCUUUGAGCGUGGAUCAACAUAUGAUGUACAUGCCAAGACCAAGGCACGUGUCAGGGAGGCCAAGGAAAAGGUCCCUGAUGAUGACCCCUCUCUGGACCCUCCAGAGCCUGGGAAUGAUAAGAAUGGCUUUUUGGGUGAUGCACCAUUCAAUAUCUCAUGGUCUGAUGAGUGCCUUGAAUACCGCACAUCCUUCACCACUUUCCUGCGCUGGUAUGACAACAACUUCACUCAUGUCGAUCUCAUCAAAUUCCGCAAGGGCAAGGAUGCUGUUGAUCGUGCGAUGGCAUUAUACCCACAGAUUUCUCCUACCCAGGUCAGAGAUGCAUUGUCAAUUUAUGCACCAAGCCCACCCGAUUUCCAACUCGUCAUCCCAACCCAUGUUCGAAAGUCAUUGACAUACUUCAAUCAACCUGAAGCCUUUGUCCGUGCCCUUGAGGGAAAAUUGGAUUCAAGUGAUGAGGAUCCUGAGGGAGGAUCUGCAGCACAGGCUUAUCAUGCCACACGUGUUCAACACUGCCAACAACUUGAUGGGCUAAGGAAAGCCUUCGAAGGAGUAACAUUUAUUCACAAGGAAGGGAAAGUAGAUGGCCUAAUUGAUUCCAGUAUCAUAACAGCAUGGAAUGCAUUUGAGCAGCACGUUCACCGAUUCUCAGUCAUAGCCUCUGUGGCAAAGGCAAAAGCAGCACAAGAUGCUGAAGGCUCUGCUGGAGAACUCCAAUUAUUUGAGGAGGAUAUUUGCCUGUUGGGAGGAAUGCCACCUUCAAAAUUCACAUUCAAGAGUAGUUCUGUUAUGGCUGGGUCUUCAGACAGCAGCAGUGAAAGCAGUGAUGCCAAGUCAACUGACAACGAGGAGCCUAUGCCAUCCAAAAAACCCACUAGGGUGGAAAAAGGUAAGGGGAAGGCUGUGCCUGAUCCUGGCCAAAGGGAUGUUGAAGACCCCACACCAGAGGAUGAUCCAACCGGAUCGGAGCUUAGUGAUAGGGUAACGCCUGCUGCAAAGAAGCAACAGCCCCAGGAUCCAAUCAAGGAACCAAGACGUACCUGUGCAACAGCCAAAAAGGGUUUCAGCCGUUGA